AUUCUUUAGAUGAUGACAUUCGCAUAACAAAAAAGGUGUCUUCAGAUUCUUUAGAUGAUGACAUUCGCAUAACAAAAAAGGUGUCUUCAGAUUCUUUAGAUGAUGACAUCCGCAUAACAAAAAAGGUGUCUUCAGAUUCUUUAGAUGAUGACAUCCGCAUAACAAAAAAGGUGUCUUCAGAUGAUGACAUUCGCAUAACAAAAAAGGAGUAUUCAGAUGACAUUCGCGUUGUGGUGGCCAUAGAUUUUGGAACUACCUAUUCCGGAUUUGCAUAUGCUCAUAAAGACAGUCCUAAUAUUAUCAUAGCAAAUGAUACUUCGAAUGCAUCUUUAGGAAUUUUUAAAACGCCAACGGUCAUAAAAUACGAUGAUUCCUACGACAAAGUAGAAUCGUGGGGUUUUCCCGCAUUAGCAAAAAAACCAAAAAAACCUUAUACAACCUCAACCCCAUCACUCAAAUGGUUUAAAUUACAUUUAUUGGGAAAAUCAUUAUUACCAGUUGGAUUGGAUUUUAAAAAAGUCAUUUCAGAUUAUUUGGAAAAAUUAGGUGAAGAUAUUAAAAGUAGUUUAAAAACCCAUUGGGACUUUUUGGAUUUUGAUAAGCAAGUUGUAGUUGUACUCACGGUUCCUGCAGAAUUUGAUGAUAAUGCGAUUGACAUUAUGCCUGAAGCUGCAGCGAUUCAUUCCAUGGACAACCUAAUAAAAGAACAUAAUUUUGGUCCAGGAGACUUGUUAAUGAUGGUUGAUUGUGGCGGUGGCACAGUAGAUUUAACAACGCGAGAUGACGAAUUAAAUGAAAUAACAGUUCGUACUGGCGAUGAUUGUGGUUCAUAUAAAAUAGACCAGGCAUUUAUUGAAUUACUUGGUCAUAAAGUUGGAAAAACUGCCAUGGAUCUGUUUGAGAAAAAUUAUAACUCUUAUCUACAAUAUAUGGUACAAGAAUUUUGUAGGAAAGCUAAACUUCGAUUUACGGAAAAUCCAGAAGAUUUUCCAACUUUUGAAUUAGAUUUAGAGGAAUAUGAACCACUAAUAAAAUAUAUUAAAGGAGAAGAAGAAGAGAAAUUAAAAAAAGAUGAUUGGUUAAUCGAAAUUGAAUAUGACGAUGUCAAAAAAAUGGUUGACCCUGUUGUAAAUGAGAUUUUUAAAUUAAUAAGGGGUCAACUGGAACAAUUGAAAAGGUUGGAAAAAAAAAUUUCAAUAUUGUUGCUAGUGGGUGGAUUUGGUGAAUCCAAAUACUUACAAAAUAGAAUUAAACAAGAAUUUUCGAAAGAAGAAGUGCCAAAGUUUUUUGUGGAUAAACAACCUAUUGUAUCUAUUAUGAAAGGAGCUGUUAAAUAUGGUCUUACAAGAAUCAUUAAGAAACGAGUAUUGAAAUGGGAUUAUGGUACUAUCGCAGUAAGAAAAUGGAAACCGACUGAUCCAUUGGAAUUAAAACUUCCAAAUGGCUAUAUAAAAGUUUUUGAAAAACUUGCGGAGAGUGGCAAACAAGUUCUAAUGGGUGAAGAAGUUACCAGGUGUUUGAAACCAUAUUCAUUAAGUCAACAAAAAAUGAAUAUUGAUAUGUAUACUCCAGUGUCAGACGAUGCAAAAUAUUUACGAGAUGUAAAGCUACUUCGAAAAUGGGAAGUUAAUUUGACUGAGUUAGAUAAUUAUGAAGAUGAUAAUACAAUUAAAUUCACUUUAAAAUUUGAUGUGGAAAUGUCCGCUACUGCUAAAAAUAAGGAAGGAAUUGAACAGCAUGUUACUUUUAAAUAUUAG